AUGCAAUGGAAUGUAUCAAGGUCUAUAUUCCGACUGGCACAUAGGACAUGCAUGGAACCACACUGUCAAAACAUAAAGGGACAAUUACUUUUGUAUAAAGCUGAAUCCAGAGUAGUUUUGGUACAGGGCCCUCAAAAACAAUGGCUGCACUUAUCAGCUGUCCAAUGUGUUGCAAAGGAAAAGAAGCCAUUUACUGCUCAUCCACCCCAACCGGGGGUCCUUCACCAUCAACAGUGGGAGCAAGAUAUUUUAUCCAAGAGGGUUAUAUCAUCCAAUGCCACAUCCCCAGGAACUCCUUCGGAAAGAAAGGAAGAGCCUGAUCCUUUACAAGACAAAUCUAUUAGUCUUUAUCAGCGAUUUAAGAAAACAUUUAGACAAUAUGGAAAAGUUUUGAUUCCAGUACAUCUAAUAACUUCUGGUGUUUGGUUUGGAACAUUUUAUUAUGCAGCCAUAAAAGGAGUGAAUGUCGUUCCUUUUCUAGAACUCAUUGGGUUACCUGACAGUGUAGUAAACAUUCUGAAAAAUUCCCAGAGUGGAAAUGCCCUAACAGCAUAUGCCUUGUUUAAGAUCGCAACACCUGCCCGAUAUACCGUGACUUUGGGAGGAACCUCCUUUACUGUGAAGUAUUUGCGUAGUCGGGGCUACAUGUCAACACCACCUCCUGUUAAGGAGUAUCUGCAGGACAGGAUGGAAGAGACCAAGGAGCUUCUCACAGAGAAAAUGGAAGAAACAAAGGAUAGACUCACUGAAAAAUUACAGGAAACCAAAGAAAAAGUUUCUUUUAAGAAAAAAGUGGAAUAG